GAGCCACGCUAUAAAGCCAGCAGCCCAGGCACGAUGCUGGCAAGACCGGAGGACGCUGUGACGAGAUGAGGACCAUGUUGCUGAGCCUGGGGCUGGCCCUGCUCUGCUUGCUGCGCGUGGAGGCUCAGAGCCUUGGGACUGAGCGGCUGGAUAAGAGCAAGAUUGCAGGGAAAUGGUACAUCACUGCCCGGGCCUCCGAAUCCGAGAGCAACUUCCAAAAGAAGGAGCAGCAGAAGAUGGUAAAGGCUGCCUUUGCGAUCCUGGAGACGGGUGACGUGAAAGGCUCCUUUUCUUUUUCCACCCCAAAUGGGUGUAAGGGAUACACUGCGAUCUUCAAGGAAACAGGUGUCCCCGGUGAAUACUACUCUGAGACUGGCAAUAAAACAGUGCAAGUGCUAGAUACUGAUGGAAAGACGUACGCUGUGAUCUUUGCCUCCAGACUGAUCGAUGGGAAGACCUACCACAUGAUGAAGCUCUACAGCAGAACCCCGGAGGUGCGCCCUGAAAUCAUAGAGCUGUUCAAGAAGUUUGCGAGGGAGAAAGGCUACACAGAUGAGAUGAUCACGGUGCUGAGCAGACAUGAGGAGUGCAACAUCGAUGAAGCGUAGGGAGUGUGGCUGACUGGUGGAUGCUUCCGCUGAGCAAGGCAAGAACCACGCUAUGAAGCUUCAGGCUGCUGCUCUGCCAUCCUGCUUCUGAGUUUGGUGGUCAAGGCUCUGAUACACCUUCUGCUCCUCCAGUCCCUUCUUUUUGCCAAAUAAACGAAUCUCACCCCUGAACUCGGUGCAGCUGUCUGGGGAG